AUGGUCGAAACACGAGGCUCGCGGUCAUCUUUUGACGGCCCUGUCGAGCUGCCUUCUUUUGGACCUGAUGAUGGUGACCUUGACCAGAAAUUCUCACACCCUCUAGAGCAAGAAGAGGAACACGGUUCGCCACCUGCGGCCAAGAAGCGUCGGACCGACUCGGGUGCUAUCGACAUGUCUUUCCCUGACUCGUUCGCCGAUCAUCAGCAUGGCGCCGGUCAUAAAAUCGAAGAAGAACUUGCAACUGCGCUCGGGGAAGGUAUUGUAGACACCCUGGAGCCAACCGACACACACGUCGAUCACCACCAACCUGGCACUACCCAAGGAGAUACCAACAUCAAUCCUGAUGUCGCGUCCAUCAUUUCUGAGAUCAUGGAUCAUACCGAACGUCAAGAACAAACCAUUGCCAUGGGUCCCCAGGAUCCUCCUCCGUCCGCAGAUUUUCCCGGUGUCAAAGCUCACGCCUUUCUGAAGGCCAACUCUCACUUGAAAAUUCAAAGUCUCCCCAUUUUGGAUAACCUGCCGCAGUCUACCCAAAUCUUGUCAUUCCUUUCGAAGAAUUCCUACCAAGAUUUGACGGCCAUGAUUUCAGAGCCAGACUCGGAGAAUGGCCAAGCCUAUGCGACCAUGCGCUCCCUUUUCGAUCACACCAAAAGAGUCUACUCUGUGAAGCACUCGUUCCUCCAGUUUUCUGAUCUUGAAAUCACCGAUAGCUCUCAGAUCGAUGUCAUCCGCAAGGCUAACCUGGCCUCGUUCGUAUCCAGUAUCUUUGGCUCACAGGAAAUCGGGUUUGCUGAGCUCAAUGAUCACUUCCUAAGCGUGUUCAUGUAUGAGGGUGGAAGACUGUUGAAAGUCCAAGCUGCUCUUUACCUGGAACUCAAAACCCAGGCGUUCAUCGCUGCCAUGAACAACAAGUCACGCACUCGUACCAGUCUCUUGUAUGAGCUGUUCCCUGAUGAUAUGGAGCAACGCUUGCUAGACCGACGACCUGGCAGCAAGCAGCUGGCUCCCAGUGAAAUUGAUUUUGUCAAUCGACUCGCUUCUCGCCGUGAUCACCUCCUCCAUGACAUCAACAAUGAAGAGGCAAUGAGAAGUCUUCCCGACAAGUAUCAAUGGGAAGAUUUCUUGCGUGAUCUGAGUUCUUUCAUCUCCAAGAACUUCGAUGCAAUCAAUACCCAGCCGGGCAAGAAGCCAGUCAAGGGACGACAGCCAUCAAGUUCGAAUGGUGAUGCACAAGAAUCUGCGACUACCACCCACCAAGGCCAAUUCUCUGUCAGUCAGCCUGUCGAAGUCCCAGUUGAUCGGAACAUGCACGGUGACCUCGUGGCUCGUGCCGCGCGUGCUGCGCAAAUUGCUCUACAGGGCCAUGGUCUUCGACGCUCCCAGCAACAGUCUCAGCUCCAACACCAGCAUCAACAGCAACAGAUACAAUCGCAAGCAAGCCCCUCACCCUCUCACCAAUCCCUACAGGUACAGCCACAGCAACACACCCCCCAACCCGAUAACCAAUACCUUCACGGCUACACUGCUGCUCAACAACCUGGUCAACAUGCCCAGCAGCAGUAUCACAGCCCGACGCCCCCUGGCGGUUAUCAACAACCUCCUGGUAGUUUGACAUUCCAGCAAAGCCCACUGCAAACAAACUUCCAGCAAUACACCCCAAAUGCAGCUCAGACGAUGCAAGCGCGAGCGAAUGGAAUGUCUGGGAACCAUGGCUAUAUGCCUGGAAUACCCCAUUACACCCAGUCGCAACCCACGCAGGUGCUUUAUGAGCGCGCCCGUAUGGCCGCUUCUGCAAAGUCAUCCCCGACCAGUCGCAAGUCUGGUCUACCUAGUCAACGCCGUCCCUGGACUACUGAUGAAGAGAGUGCACUCAUGGCGGGUCUGGAUCGAGUCAAAGGUCCCCACUGGAGUCAGAUUCUCGCCAUGUUUGGCCCUGGCGGAACCAUUAGUGAGGCCUUGAAGGACCGCAACCAGGUUCAGCUCAAAGACAAGGCCCGCAACUUAAAGCUGUUCUUCUUGAAGAGUGGGAUUGAGGUUCCUUAUUAUCUCAAAUUUGUCACCGGUGAACUGAAGACCCGUGCCCCCGCACAGGCUGCUAAGCGAGAGGCCCGGGAAAGACAAAAGAAGCAGGGAGAAGAGGACAAGGCUCAUGUGGAAGGCAUCAAGGGCAUGAUGGCCUUGGCUGGAGCUCAUGCCUCCCCUGUUGGCGGACAUGAGAUGUCUGCAUCCCCAAGUCUGCCUCCGGAUGCCAACAGUCAGGCAGUCUUCGACCAAACUGCCGAGCAGAACCUGAUGCAAACACUCAGUCAGGAGGUCCAUGGUAGCCAGUACCAACACCCUCAGUCAACCCAAGACCACAUUGAUCCCCACAUGCAGCUGGGCCAGUGA